AUGAUACGGACUUUGAAAGCCGCCGAAGACACCGCUUGGCUACACAUGAUGGCAAAAUUUCACGAGCAAGGUAUACUUGGGGAGAUUCUCAACAGAAAUUCUGGCACAAAUCAGAUUAAUAAACAGUCUAUGAGUAAAUCAAAAGCCGAAGCAAAGGAUGCACUAAUGGACAUAUACAACUACGCAGCCCGAUUUGACACGGUCCCCAAAAUCAGUACUAAUAUUGCUACUCGCUUGGAACGUAAGAGACGGAAAAGGUUCGUCGAAAUGAUAGUGGAGCUUCCAGAGCAAGGCAUUCGAGUCAAAUCCCAAGGUGGAGAGAUCCAGGUUGCUGAGCUUCGAGCUGCGAAUAUGUUCAAGGACGAGGCAGAGAGAUACCAAAAGGAACAUGGCAGUGAAACAAUCGUCAUAAAGGACUCCGGUGAAUUGACAACGGAUAAUGCGUCAAAGUUCAUGGAGUUCUAUAGGAUUAUUCGACCCGGUGUCGAUAUACAGACCAAAGCCACACGACCGCUAGAAAAAACGGGCUUGCAAAGCGUGCCUACUCGCGUCCAGGUGAUGAUUAAUGGCGAAGCGAUCGGCGAGCCCGUGACUAUGUUGUUGAAAAAGAAAGCUGAGGAAACUGCUUAUCUCACCGCCGCUAUCUCCUUGAAGAAACGAGAGCUGGGGCUAUAUCCCCGAUUCCUUCGAGCUUUACGAAUUGGCAAUGGACAGAUCAUGAGGCCUGUCGCCCCUGUGGAUAUGCCAGUCGACGAAGACUGCUCCCUUGUCAUGCGUGAGACACUACUCGGAGCUCGUAAGGCAGGGUUACCGGACGCAGUUCAAGAUGUCGGAUCCGGAGUGGACCUUUCCGAAAGCCGGAAAGGCGGCUAUCGACGCCCACUGGAAGCUCAUGAAGCUCAACAGCGAGACGAGAAAUUGGUGCAAAAGUUGAACGAAUUCUAUCAAGAUCCCAAGCUUGCAGAUCUCCGGAACCAGAAAGCCGAGCUGCCAAUGAAUCAAUACCGGGCUAAAAUCUUGGACCUAGUCAACAACAAUGUCUACAGUAUCAUUGUUGGGGCUACGGGAAGCGGUAAAACUACCCAGGUACCACAGAUAUUGUUGGAAGACGCCAUUAGCAAGGGAAAAGGCGCUUCUUGCAACAUUGUCUGUACUCAACCUCGCCGCAUAGCUGCAAUCUCUGUUGCUAAGCGAGUUGCAGUGGAGCGAGCAGAGACACUACAGGAAAGCGUUGGAUAUCAUGUUCGCUUUGACCCAAAGCUACCCCAGUUUGGAGGCAGCGUCACGUAUUGCACGACUGGUAUUUUGCAACAGCAGCUGCAGCUUUAUCCUGACGAAGUGAUGGACAAUAUAUCGCAUCUGGUCAUUGACGAAGUGCACGAACGUGACAUGCUGAUAGACUUCCUUCUCAUAGUACUGAAGAAGAACAUCAUGCGACGGCAAGCUCUCGGCAAGUCGAACCCACAAGUUGUGCUCAUGAGCGCAACCAUGGAUACUGAAUUGUUCGCUUCAUACUUCAAAAGCCACAUUGCCGGUAAGGGUACACUUGAUUGCCCUUCCCUGAGCGUUCCCGGUCGCACAUUCCCAGUCAGAGAAAGAUAUCUCGAUGAGAUAUUGAAGGAUAUAAACGCCGCAAAUUCUCCAGCGCAAUUGAGAGUUAUGCACGCCGAUUCCGACACCAAGGGUUAUCUUGAUGUUGAAACUAGGUUUCGUAAUGAGCACCCAACAACAGACAGUCAGGAGUCGGCAGAUGGAUCGAGGAAGGAGAUAUCUCUGAUUGAUUGGAAACGCGAGCGCAACUCCAUCGCUAGUGAAGGGGCUGCAGAUCCGGCAACCGAAAAAGAGAACGCCCUGAUACCUUUCGGCCUUGUUGCAUGUACCAUUGCGCAUAUUGCGAAGACAAGCCACGAAGGAGCCAUACUAGUCUUCCUGCCUGGUCUUGCAGAGAUUGUAAAAGUCGAAGAGAUCCUGAAGAGUCAGGGUUUCGGCAUCAACUUUAGCGAUGAGUCGAAGUUCAAGCUCUGUUUACUGCAUUCUAGCCUACCAGCUGGUCAGAAUACUGUUUUCGAUCCCGUGCCAGAAGGCUGCAGAAAGAUCAUUCUCGGCACCAACAUCGCUGAAACUUCGAUCACUAUUCCCGACGUACAGUAUGUGGUUGACACUGGUAAGCUCAGAGAGAAGCAAUAUGAUCAAACUCGUCGCAUCUCCCAGCUUCUUUGCACAUGGGUCAGUAAAUCAAACUCAAAGCAACGUGCAGGCCGAGCUGGACGAGUCCAGAAUGGAAAUUACUACGCACUCUUCACUAAAGAACGCUACGAGAAGCUGCGUGCUAUCGGCUUGCCGGAGCUUCUUCGCAUCGACCUUCAAGAAAUCUGUCUCAAAGUCAAGGCACAGGCUUUUCAGGCCCCAAUCCGCGAGUUUUUAGCUGAGGCCAUAGAGCCGCCCGAUCCAAAAGCCGUGGACUCAUCUAUCGUCAAACUCGAAGCUCUGGAUGCCCUCACAGACGAUGGCGAGGCCAUAACACCUCUCGGCCGUCUUCUAUCUUCCCUCCCCGUCCACCCAAGCCUCGGUAAGAUGAUAGUUCUUGGCAUCAUCUUCCGCUGCCUGGAUCCCAUGAUCGUCCUUGGAGCCGCCUCGGCGGAGCGCUCCCUCUUCCUAAAUCCUCUCGAUGCCCGCAACGAAGCUGCCCAAGCUAAACUUUCCUUUGUCGAAGGCAGUGGCUCCGACCAUAUCGCCCUUUUAAACGCAGUUCGAGAACUCCGCCGCGUCCGCGACAGCAAAGGUGAUUACGGGAUGAAGGACUUCGCUCACCGCAACUUCCUCCAUAUCAAUGCUUUCAAGACUAUCGAUGCUACCGCCCAGCAAAUCGAAGACAUCCUCGUUGAAGCCCGCCUUAUCCCCAGAAGCUCGCGUUUGGGCCGCGUAAAUUCUCAAUUCGGCGACCCCUCCCUCAAUGAAAACAGUCACAAGAUUCCGCUCAUCAAAGCCUUAGCUUUAGCAGGUUUCCACCCCAACCUCGCUGUCAACAACGGCGGUGUGAGCUUCCGAACCGUUGGCGAAAAAGCCAGCAUCGUACAUCCAUCCUCAAUCAACUCAGCGUUAUUUAAAGGGAGGAGAGACGAGAUCAAGCUCGCGAGGAAUUCUUUGUACAUGUACAGCUCCAUGGCACGCUCCAACGAUGGCCGUUCAAUUUUCCUCCGUGAUACCACAGAAGCAACACCCCUCAUGGCUAGCCUCUUCGGGGGCAAAUUGAAGCGAAACGAAGAGCGUGGCAACAUCGUCGAGCUAGACGGCUGGCUCCCCUUUUACGUCACCUCUCCCGACCGGCGUACUGUAAAGACCAUCAUCGAAUUCCGGAAAGGUCUCGAAAGGCUCUUGGUCAUCGCAUUUAAAGAACUAGGAACCCUCUCAUCGGCACCGAGCAGGAAAUUCGGCCAGGGAAUUCUAGAGCAGAGAGAGCAAAGGACCUUUUUGGCCGAUGAGAAAGCAAGGAAGCUGUUUGCAGAAGGCUUGGUGGAGGUGCUGGAUCGGGAUGUCAAGGUUGGUGAGAAGGUGGCGAGUAGGGGGUGGAAUGAGGAGAGAGCGACGACGACCAUGGGGAGAUGGCAGGGUCAGGGUCAGGGUCAGGGUCAGGGUCAGGGUCAGGGUCAGGGUCAGGGCAGGGCCAGGGCCAGGGCCAGGGCCAGGGCCAGGGCCAUGGUCAAGGCAGGGGUGAUAGGGCUCUGCAAGCACAGAGCAGGGGAAAGGGGAUGGAGAGGAGUGGGAGGAUGCCGGCGUUCUAUGAAGAUUUGA